GCGAAGUGUCUCUUUUCCAGCUUUGAUCCCAUCUCCGUCUUUUCCUGGUCCUCCUCCAGAUGUUGAUGGCAGUGCCUAUGAAGAUAAGGGUGGAAGUAAAACAGGAGCAGAUAAUCAGUCUCAUACAUCUCCCGAAGUUCACCAACCAUCUGAGAAAACGGAAAAUAGCGAGAUUCUGCCAAAUUUUACAUCUGAAUCCCCUUUAACUGUCUCCACUCAGACAAAGAGAUCUGAGGCAGGGGAACCUUUAGCAUCAGAUGAUGACAAGCGAGAAGAAGAGACCGUGAAGAAUCCGAGCUCCGAAUCUGAAGUCCAGGGUGCCAUGGAUGAAGAUGUUAAGGAGGAUUUACUUCUAGAGGUAGAUUUGGUCACUGUUGGGGAGCAGAAUGAGAGAGAUGAUCCAGCUACUCAUGAAGACACUGUUUUGCAAAAUGAAUCAAAUCGAAGCAGCAAUUCUGAGGGUGGAAGUACCGGCGAACAUCCAGAGACGACGGAAAAAAGUUUAGAUUCACAAACUGUGUCAUGUUCCACUCGCCAAGUGGAGAUCAAGGAAGAGGAGGAAGAAAUGUCAGUCCAGAAGAAAAAAGAAGGAGGGAAAGGAGCUUCUACAAAUAAUGCUGCAAGAAGUAGAAGAAGAGGAACAGGACGUCUAAAAAGGGACGGGUUAUCAAAGAGAGUUUCAGCUGGAGAUCCAGUCAGAGGAACAGAAUCAGAGAAGGAACAGGAUGAAUGUCAGGUAGUUUAUGAAGAACAUCGAGUCACCUCUGAUUCAGAAACAGCAGAGCGUAAUAUUAAGAUUUCACAGCCAGAGGCGAUUCCUGUAUUCCAGGCCAACACAGCCACUGCUUCUGUUGCACCUUUACCUUCAGUUCCCUCUAUAUUAGAGGAAUCUCUUGAGGAGCAAGUUGUGUUUGAACUGGAGUCUGUUACAGCUUGUGUUGGGGAAACAACAAAUGGAACAGAGCUGCAGGGAGAACAGGAACAUGACAGGGAGGCCGACCAGUCUCCAGGCAUCAUACUAGAGAAGUUUCUUACCUGCGGACAGAGAACGGAUGCUGACAAGGAGCUGUGCUUGACGACAGCGAGGAACAAGCAGAGACAGGGUGAGAAUGAGGUACAAGUUCUUGGGAGUGAGGAGAUCAAGGUCGAAGAGAACAGCUCAGAUCCUCUGCUGCUUGCAGCCACUUGUCAAAAUAGACAGAGUUCAAGUGUGCAGCCGCAUCAUCAUCGCGAUAUAAGGACUGUUCUGGUGAAAGAGGAAAGCAGCCUCGUGCUGAAUGAGGCUUCUGCUACACAUGGCAGCAAACACAUCAGGUGGAAUGUGGAGCCCGUCAGCAAUGAAAACACAGUUACCCCAUUAAUGGAGAGUGAGGAGACGACGCAGGACUGUCGCAUCACUCCAGAGUUCAACACCAACCAGUGCAUCUUUUACCCGGUGAAGGAGGAGGAGAGGGAGGUUCUCCUGGGAGCCCCUCAGACCAGCACAGGGAGUUUAACCCAAGAGGGGUCCAGCGAUGCAAAUCAGACAGAACAUCAAGCAGCAGCAGCAGAUUGUGAUAUGCAUGAAGGGAGCCGUUCUGCAACCGAAUACCAGGAAACAAAAGUCAGAGGUCUGUUGUCAGAACCAGGGGUCAGCGACUUUGCAGAUGGACAAGCUGCAUCGGACUCUGAGUGGCAGCAUCCGCCAGACCUCCGCGACUUCCUCCUCCAGAGUUCUGAUGAAGAAGACACGGGAGGUUUUGAGUUGUGUGAUCCUCAGCUCGAUUCAGAAGCAGAACUAAUGACCUAUUUCUACAAGAAGCAAAGCAGCAGCGCACAACAGCCGGAUCAAACCUCACAAAAUUUGCCAUCUUCAUCGAGCCAGCUCCAAGCACUACGAGGUGAAAACAGGACAAGAGAGCCCAUUGAUUACUUCACCAAAUAUUUUGGUUGGGAUACCUGGGUGGAAAUUGCCAGUUGCACAAAUAAAUUAUCCAACAUGCCUUAUCCAGUCACAGCCAGAGAGGUCGCAUGCUUUGUUGGCAUCCACAUCGCAAUGGGAACUUUGAAGUUUCCCAGUCCGAAGCUCUACUGGGAGGAUUUGACGAAGGUGUCCUUGAUUGCUGAAGCUAUGCCGCUGUCACGCUUCGUCGAGCUGUCUCGUAAGUUGAAGCUGACUUCAAAGGAUCCUGCCAACAGCCAUGAACAAACACGUGAUAGUGAUUUUCAGAAUGCACAGAAAGGUACAACUUGCCCAAACAGGCAAAGUGUAAUUCCUCAGCAUAGUGACGAUCAAUGUCGAGCUGCAAAUGACUCGAACAGUUCACAAACGCAGUCUGAUCCUCUGUGGAAGGUUCAGCCGUUGCUGUGCCGCUUCAAAGCAGCGUGCCAGUCACUGAGACGGGAAGGCGAUUAUGCAGUUGACCAAUAUCCGCUUCCUUUGACUGGGAAGAUGCACAACAAGCUGUUUCUCCACUGCACUACGUUAAUCGGAUUUGGCGGUUUACUCCUACACGUGGAUCUCAAACUGGAUCUCUCAGACAAAGAAGAUGCUGUGGAGAAAAUGGUCCCCAAAGGCAGCACGGUGUUCCUCUGCAAACAGGAGCUCUCCACCCCCGCAAUGCUCGAGCGCCUGUUAGUCGCCGGGGUUCAUGGAGCGGGCCGGGUGGGGGGCGCACGAGGACAGAUCGGGGAUGAGUUUGUGAGCUCGGACGGGAAGCUGAUGCUGCGCAGAUCACACUGCGGCUUCAUACUUUCUACUGCCGGGAAUAACCGGAGGAGCAUGGCCUCUCUCACCGGCAGCUUUGAGAAGGCCCAGAUGUCGGCUCGCCUCAACAGAGAUCUGCAGAACCUUUACUCCAUCCCCCUCACCGCCUCGGCGCCGACCUGCUGGCCCCAAGCGGUGCUCUGGUACCUCACAGAUCUGGCUUUGGUGAACUCCUGGCUGCUGCACCGGCAGGACUCACCUGCACCCUUGACUCUCAUGGCCUUCAGGCUGGAGGUGUCCAAGGCUUUGAUCCUCUCCAGCGGCUCUGAUACCCAGGACUCAGUUCCGCCUCAACCCCCCGCAGAAAAGGCUCAAGCAACAAAUGAAACUCCCAACCCCGUCCUGGUGGAGGAAAGUCCGCUGCCAGAUGUGGAAACGCGGUACGAUGGUUCGGGCCACUGGCCAGAGCAGCUUGCAGAGGGAGAGGGGGGAAGGUGUCGAUUUGGGGAUUGUCAGAGAACGUCACGAGUGCUAUGCCUUAAGUGCUGCGUCUUUCUUUGUAUCUCACGCAGCCACAACUGCUUUUUGAACUUCCACAACCAAGGGAGUCUGGGAAAAGAGUAGUGUCCCCGACAGACUUUACCUUCUAUUUCUUUGCUUUCUGAUUUAGAAUGUAACUGUAUUUUCGGUGUGUGUAAACUCAGCUCCACUGUCCUUACAACUUUCCCAUGAUGCCUUUCUCUGGCAGUGUCAUUCUUUUGUAAUAUUUCUGUGAUGCUGUAUCAAAAAAACUGAACAAAUGCUGUGUAAUGUGACGUACUAUGUCAUUGAGCCAUUUUAAGAAAAGAAAAAGAAAAAAAAAGAAUUUGCCUUUUAGAAGGAAAUGUAAAAAGACUCAUAGCCAUAAACUGUGCUGCAAGAGAAGUGUAAAUUAUUAUUUUAACAUUGUGGGAACCAUGAUGCUUUUUUUUUUACUGUUAAUUUUAAUCUGAUCUAGUUUACAUUUCAUGAUGAGCUUAUUUUGGGGCUCUAUGAAUUUGAACAUUAUUUAUUUGAAUUUCAGAAAACAAUAAAAUACAGAUAAAGAAA